UAUUAUCUUGUGCAGAUGGGUUCUACAUGAGACUUGCGGCUCGUGGCUUCUCUUUCUUACUCCUUCUGUUCCCCGGAUUUAAAAUUUAGUCGUUGGGGGUAAUUUAGUGUCGUUGAUGACCGUAAAAUUGUCAUUUGCGCAUCGAUUAGUGGGGGCCACUGCAGGAAGCAGAAGGUGCCCUAUUAUUUUAGAUGAGCAGACACUCGAGUUCCAGAAGCAUUCGUUGCUAAUUAGUAAAGUUUGAAAUAAUUAAGAGUUGUCUGAAGUUUCGGUCUCCACUGACUAUCAUCAUCUAUCCAGCGCCCUUAAGAUUUUUGUCAAGGACAUAAACAAUGCAACAGGAAAUACCGACAGAUACAUUAACAUAUUCAUCAACACAACGUCCGAUUAAUUUUGACGAUACUACGUGCGAUAUUGUUGAAGAAGAAUUUACAGAAGAUGAAAUAAAAAGAGUUCAAAGUACAUGGGACUUAUUGCACAGUACUCCGUUGGAGACUGCUUUAGCAAUACUAGAAAGGUCAAUGGAAAUUUUUCCAGAAUUUCGGCAAUUUAUACAAGAGUUUUACACUAUAUCAUUCGAAGAUAUACCAGAAGAUAUCAGGUGUCAAAAGCAAGCUUUAAGAGUUGUUAAAACAGUUAAUACUUUCGUUAGCGGAUUAAACGAUAUCGUAAAAGCCAAAGACUUCCUUUUCAAGCUUGGAAAGCGUCAUAAAACCUUUGGAGUAAAACUAAAUGAUUUUUUGGCUUUCAGAAAAUCCCUUCUUUAUGUUUUGGAUAAAAAACUGAGUCAACUAGGCUAUCAAUAUAGUGAAGAAGAUAAUAAUACAUGGAAUAAAGUCUUAGACACUAUGCUUACACAUAUAGUUUUGGGCUAUAAUAGUUAAAUGUGUAGUGUAGUUCUAUUUACUAUAGUUGUCUGCAAAAGAAUGGCCUUUCUUCUCCUACUACUUGGCUAUGAUGAAGUCCAUGACUUUGCACUAACACGCAUGCGUAGUAAUGACUUAAUUGAAGAAAAAUGGUGGGAGAAAGGCCCAGCUCAUUCUUUUGCAGACCGAGCUAUAUUUGACUGGGGUAGAAAUUUGUUGGCAUUCCUAAUUUUGGGGUAUGCGAUAUCACAUAAUUUGUACGAUUUACUCCAAUGUGUAGAAAAAUAACUGACAAAUAAAAACAAUAGCGCUACAGCCAACUUUUUUACCCCACUGUGUGGUGUACUAAGUUAAAAAAUGUAGUAGUUAUAUUAACUAUAUCUUUAAAUGUGUGAAU